GACAGUGCCGGCAUAGCGCGGAAAACACGCUCUCCAUUAAAAAAAAAAUUGAAAAAAAAAUAAUAAAGUUACAAACUAUGUUACAAAAAAACAGCAACUAUAUAAAAGUGCAAAUAUUCCACGUUUAAUUUUAUGUGUGAUUUUAAAAUAUUAUAUUAAAAAUGAAGACUUUUUUUAUUGUGUUUAGUUUUGUGCUGUGCUUAUAUUCGCCGGGAGUUCGCGCUCUCUCUUCAUCCGAAGAACUAGAAGUGACAGACACAUGUUGCGCACACGGCGAGAGCGCGGCGGUGACGGCGCCGACAUGCGCAGGAAUCACUCCACCUGAAGACAUUGAACCUGAACAGAUGACCGUGUGCCUUGCAGCUAUAUCCAGCUGUUGUGAAAAGCAGCUUAAGCUUAAAGAAUCAUGUGCAGCGGGAAUGAAGUUGGCUGCAGCCAAAAAAUGUAGCUAUGCAGACUCAGACAUCGGCUCGUCAUGCUGUGAAGAAUGUUCGCUUGGAAAAUGGACUGGUGAAUCUCAGGGUAAAGGAGGGUGUGGGCCCGCGCCCUCAUCCGAGGGCAUCAGCCCUUCCACUGCGUUGAGGAAAGGCGCUUAUCAUCGAUGUUGUGUGGAAGCUGCUGAAACCCCAGAAACGACAACCGAGAAGAAACCAGAGUCCACCACAGAGAAGAAGAUUGAGGUCACCACGGAGAAGAAAGUAGAGAAGCAGAAGUGCCAGAAGGACUCCUGUGAACAUGAGUGCAGUGAUGAGGAUGGCGUCGUGAGAUGCUCGUGUCGUGAGGGAUUUAGGCUGCAAGAUGAUAAGAAAUCCUGCAAAGCUGAAGAUACAGUUUGCCACAACACACCUGGAGCGUUCAAAUGUGUGUCCAUCAAGAAGAGAGAUGUGGGACUUAGCUGUCCUCCUGGAUUCAAAAGGAACCUCAUCAAUCAGGUCUGCGAUGAUAUCAAUGAAUGCCAAAUGCCUCGCCCUCCAUGCCCGAAGUACCUGUGUGAGAACACAAUAGGUGGAUACAAGUGCGCCGGAAAGUCGGGCAAACCAUUCACUGAAGCAGUCCCCGGAGCAGUUACUGAGGCUACCGUCAGUUCCACUGCCUCACCCAAGAAUGACAUCUGCCCACCUGGGUUCAGAGCUGGACCUGAUGACGAAUGCAUUGAUAUCGAUGAAUGUGGAGAGCGUUUGGAUGACUGCCAGCGUCUAUCACAGCACUGUAUUAACACGCACGGUGCCUUCUUCUGCCAAGACCACGUCUCCAAGCGCUGCGCUCCCGGUUUCAAGGUCAACAGUGCCACCGGCAUAUGUGAAGAUAUCGAUGAAUGCGAGGAGAGUUCAGAAGAGGUGUGCAAGCGCACUGAAGUUUGCAUCAACCUGCCAGGAGCAUACAAUUGCAAGUCUAAAAUAAGCACACUACCAAAGUUGACCCCAAAAAUUUGCCAAGAAGGAACUAGGCUUAGUUCGGGAGGAUCCAUUUGUGAAGAUAUCGACGAGUGUCGUGAGGGUACUCACUUGUGUGAUCAGUUCCAGAACUGUAUCAAUACAUAUGGAGGACAUGAAUGUAGGUGUAAGAAUGGAUUUGAGCUCGACUCCUCAUCUGGAUCUUGUGUCGACAUUGAUGAGUGUGCAUUGAAACUGGAUAACUGUGCCAGUGGCCUGCAUUGUCUGAAUCUGCUGGGGUCAUUCACCUGCACCAGACGGGCUGUCACCAGCAGCACCACCACCACUACCUCCACCAGCCCCCCACUCUAUGAAUACGAAUACUAUGACUCCGACGAAGACAACUCAACAACAGACAGCGGUUAUCCGGAGACUGUACCAACAGUGCCAGCCACGUCCAGCACCACAACUACAACGACUACUUCUACCACCACCACACCAAAACCUACCACCACGUCGACCACGACAACCACAACCACAACAGCAAAACCAACCAGCACCUCAACAGCCAGACCCCGAAACUAUCCAUACCCAACCUACUACGACAGACCAGCUACAACUUCUUCAACAACGACAGUAAGGACUCCGAGAAGACCAGACUAUUACCCGCGAAGACCAUACAAUCGAAGACCAGAAGUCAGCACUAGAAAACCGUUACCACCUUACAGACCAGAUAAUCCAGAACCUACUCCAGACGUUCCAAAUGAUAGGAGACCUUUACCUCCUUAUAGACCACCAAAUAGUAGACCUUCCAGGCCAGAAACACCACCGACACGGCCUGAACCUACUCCUGAAGUACCAGAUGAUAGGAGAACGAAUGAGAUUGGAGAAGGGAAACCCAAAGAUGAAACUCCAGAUUUUAAUUUAAACGAUCUGCAUUGUUUGGAUGGAUAUGAAAAGGAUGCAGCUGGAAAUUGUGUUGAUACAGACGAAUGUGCUCUCGGGCAACAUGCGUGCAAAAAUACCGAGGUGUGUAUGAAUAGGCCGGGUGGAUACAUCUGCGAGUGUAUGACCGGGUUCCGCAGGGAUCCUUCAGGGUACUGCACCGUGAUCACUACUCCUGCAACAGCUAGAACCACUACCAGUACCACUACCUCCACCACCACAACUACAGAAAGGACUGCUGUCGCAACACCUGAAUGGGGAUACACACCAGCUAGACCGAGCCUCCCAGAGCGCCCAGACCGUCCGGAUCGUCCAGAACGCCCAGACCGCAGAUACCCUCCAGUUUCUUGCGAAUUAGGCUUCACCUUUGACAACAGUGCUGGGAAAUGCGUUGAUAUAGAUGAAUGCGCUACCAAUCAAGCCUCGUGUUCAGCUCUGGAGGAUUGCAUAAACGUGGAAGGUGGUUACCGCUGUGAAUGUGGAAGAAGAUGUAGAGGAGAUGACAGAUCGAUGUACAGUCCAGCUCCCACAAGUUCUACUGCUCGGCCAUCAUCAGCUCCAUCGAACGAGGGUCGUAACGUGAUUACAGUGGGGGCACAAUACGGGCAGAGAGGACCUUACUCCCCGCGCCCUACGUACACCAGGCUUCCUGAUGUUGGAGCUUUAGUAGCCUCGUGUCCUUGGGGAUACAAGCUUACUCCUGAAAAGAGAUGCUAUGAUAUUGAUGAAUGUGCCCGUAAUAUUUCGGAGUGCGGACCAGACCAGCGAUGUGAGAACUUCUACGGAGGGUACUCGUGUCAGUGCCCAGCUGGUCACAGGCUGGUGGGACAGAACAUGUGUGAGGAUAUCAACGAGUGUAUGCAUGGCAAUCCAUGCGCAUAUAACGCAGACUGUCUUAACACGUGGGGUUCAUAUCGAUGUGAGUGCCGCGCUGGUUUCCGUAAUGCCCCGUCCAAUGACAAGGUGUGUGUUGACGUGGACGAGUGCUCCGAAACUCCUGGAAUCUGCAGUCAGGGCUGCUCCAAUACUUGGGGCAGCUACCGGUGCUACUGCAAGAGGGGGUACCGUCUUGAUGAUGAUAACAAGACUUGUGUGGAUGUGAAUGAAUGUGAAGAGUUCUCAUUAGUUCGUCUCCGUGGCAAGCUGUGUGGAGGGGAGUGUGUCAACGAGCCAGGCAGUUACCGGUGCGCCUGUCCUGCAGGAUACAGGCUGUCGGAAGACAGUAGAAGCUGUAUUGAUAUAGAUGAGUGUGAGACGGGCGAGGCUCGGUGUGCACAUAGUAGUGACGCUGGGUACGUGUGCCAGAACACACGAGGAAGCUACCACUGUCACCACAUCGACUGUCCCCCAGGGUACAAGCUGGAGUCAAAGCACCGUUGUGUCCGCGUGCAGAGGGCCUGCCAAGUUGGUGAUUGGACCUGUUUGCAGCAACCCAGCACUUACAGCUAUAACUUCAUUACCUUCGUCGCCAACAUCUACCUGCCUUCUGGAAGUGUCGACCUUUUCACGAUGCACGGUCCAUCGUGGCGGGAGUCUUUAGUUAGUUUUGAGAUGCGAAUGAUAUCGGUCCAAGCGUCUCCUGGCAUACAACCAGCUGAUCUUCGAUGUUUCGACAUGCGUCCAUCAGGUAAUAUUUGCGUGAUCUCGCUCCUCUGCUCGCUGCAAGGACCCCAAGUGGUGGAACUUGAGCUCACCAUGUCUCUCUACCAGCGCACCAUGUUCGCCGGCAGUGCGGUCGCCAGACUCGUCGUAAUCGUCUCGCAGUAUGAGUUCUAGUGAUAUUGUAAUAAAGACUAUUUUAGAACAGCACCUAGCCUUAUUCUGUUCCUUAGUUUGAAUUAAGAAAAUAGUGAAAUAGUUUAGUGACUUUUUUAUUGAAACGUUGUGUAAUAAUAAAUAUGUAAUAUAUAAUAAUAAAUAUAUGUAGGGAUGUUCAGUAGUCAUAUAGGUGAUAAUUAUUCUUUUUGAUUGUAUUUCUGAGUAUUUCCGGUAAGGUUUAUAACAAUGAGACUUUUUAAAUUCAUUCCUUCAGUUUUUAUCCUUAGUGCUCACAACUUCCUUGUCUACUGACCAAACCAGUCUGGUUUUGAAGACACUGAAUAGGAUUACCAAAAAUCUAAGAAGAGAAAAAAUCUAAGACAUACAUUAUACAUACUAUCUUUUUUUUCUGCAAAUAACUAAGGGCUUGCCACAAGGAAGUAUACUGUUGGUCAUUAGAUCUUAAAUUUCAUUAUUCCCAAUCCAUUUUAAACUACUCUAAAACAGUAUUUGACCUUUGAAUAAAGAAAACAAUAAC